ACUCAUAAGUUCAACAUGGCGGCGGCCAUCCGAGUGUGUUGUGCCCUCCGCGUCACUUUCGGAGGUACAGCAUCACUCAGAACAACAGGGGCCGCUGCUCACAUCUCUCAGCUGGCCAGUCGCACUUCAGUUGCAUCUCUUCACAGAAACUCUGCAAUUCCCACGACUCCUGUUACGUCAUGGCAGCAAACGCGUCAUGGAAGCUUCUUCAACAAGUUGACAGCAGAGCAGUUGUGGAAAGGUGUUCUGGCAGAGACGGGGGCCGGAGCCAGGAAGGGCCGAGGCAAGAGGACCAAACGUAAAAUGAAGAAAGAUUUGAACCGCGGGCAGAACAUUGGAGAAGGCCACGGAGGAUUUCUUUGGCCCGGUCUGAACGCCCCACUGGUGAAGGACGGAAACGUUCAGAACAUGAGCCGCAGAGGUGAAGCGGAGCAGCAGGAGGUGCGGGAGGAACUGGAGCGUCAGAGGGAGGAGUGGGACCGCAGGAAGAGAAUGAAGAUCAAGCGUGAGCGAGGCUGGUCGGGCAACUGCUGGGGGGGCAUCAGCCUGGGAGCCCCUGAUCCUGGACCUAACGGAGAAACAUAUGAAGACUUUGAUUCCCGUGUCAUUGAGGUGAAGAGUGUGUUCAACAUGACAGCCAAAGAAGGCCGGAAGAGAUCCAUUAGCUGUUUGGUUGCCGUGGGCAACGGCAAAGGAGCUGCAGGUUUCGCGCUGGGCAAAGCUGCGGACAGAACCACAGCUCUGAGGAAGGCGAAGAACCGAGCCCUCCACUACCUGUACUACAUCGAGCGCUUCGACGACCACACCAUUUAUCACGACAUGGAGUCCAAGUUCAAGCGGACGACGCUCCGCAUGAAGAAGCAGAACAAAGGCUACGGGCUGCACUGCCACCGCGCCGUCAUCACCAUCUGCAAACUCAUCGGCAUCCAGGACCUGUACUGCAAGGUGGAAGGCUCCGUCAACCUGCUCAACAUCACCCGCGCGCUCUUCUGUGGGCUGGCCCGCCAGGAGACGCACCAGACCCUGGCCGACAGGAAGCAGCUGCAUGUGGUGGAGUUCCAGCCUCAGCGCGGCCCGCUGCCCCUGCUGGUGGCCACUCCCACCGCCGGCGCCCGGGAGCGGCCAGAGCCGGAGGACGACGUGCCUGACACCCGCCUGCACUGGGACGACGUGCGGGCCGCGCAGGGAGGCAAGCGCUCGCCCUGGGCCGGAGUCAAGAGGACCAUCUGGUAGGCUGGCUGCGUCUGAGCGCUACCCGGCCGCCCACUCGGGGGGGGGCGGCGGCGUUCAUCCUUUCAUGGUGCAGGUGCUGGACCACAGACUCAUGUAAUAAAAGUCUCUCU